GAAGACACCUCGGCUUACUUUCCACGUGGAGAGACAGCCGUCGUGAACCUUCUGGAGGGCCAGCUGGCAUUCCUGUCUCGCGUCAGGGACUUCGAGUUGGCGAAGGGAGGCAUCUCACAGAAGAUCGGUUCCAUCGUCCAGCUCAAGAUGGACUACAAUGACUACCACAGUUGGUCAGUUCGCACAUCCAAGGAUCCGUCAAAGACCCUUCGUCGCAACAGCCAGUUUAAGCUCGAAGAGUUCCUGGAACUGAAGCUGGAGAGUCUGCAGUGCGCCGCCCGUUCGUCCUUUCGAAUGGGCGCCGCGCAAAUUCUUCAGCUUUCUGAUGGCCAAUUCGACGGGCAGAUUCCAGCUAUGGAUCACAGCAGAUGCCUGCUUCUUGGGGCGGUUCUUAGACUUCGACUUCAACGUCGCCAUCAGCGCCGUUCAGGGGCAGUCGCAUGCCAGUCCGAAUGUUGCCGAGGAGGCGAAGGGUGA